CGGCAAAGCGACACAGUUCAGCUUGUAAGCAGCAUGUUUUCUCUUCGAUAAUUGCCCAUCUUCUCUGCAAUCAUGAAUACAGUAGGUGCUUUGAGAUGUCUUCGUACUUCUUUCACCUGAAGCUGGAGCUAUACACUGUGCCUGCAUCAAACGCAGAUACCAGGUGCUUUCCGAACUCUCCAGCGAGUCGCAAGGUCUACACCCCGCCAUCAGGCACAGACAUCUUCAGAGACACAUUCCCGGCUCACGCCACGAGCAGGCUGAUAGCAAAGCGGCCUGGUACACCGCAGAGUCAUAAGUCCUCCGACUCAGAAGCCUCACCUCGCCGCAAGCAGUUGGCUGGGCUCGCAGACUCUUCGCCCGGGGAUGCACUGCUACUUCCAGAGCGGAAUCUCAACCUACGAGACAUACCGCCGCAGUCACCAGCUCUGACUGCGGCAAAGCAUUCUAACGAGACUUCAGCGCGCGACUGGCGAUACCAGGCUGUCAGUAUCGAGAGCAUCGAUAUGGCUUCGCAGAGCAGCUUCGAUGUGGCUGCAAGCAAGGCAGUCAAGAACCCUGUCAACGGUCUGCACACCAAAGCGGUCUACCUACCAUCCGAGUCGAAGACGACAGAAGUCGGGUAUGGUAUAGUGCAUCUGUAUCGCGAUAGUGAAGAGUCUACCUUGUUGGCGGAUGGCGAAGGUCUUCCUCGAAGGUACCUAGAAGACAGGAGAGGCAGGGCGAGCGGUCACGGUGACCAUGGCUUCAGUCCGGAAGACUGCACAACGCUCUGCAUUCUGGCGGUGCCAUCGUGGAUGAUGCCGUCGGAUCUGCUUGGCUUUGUUGGAGAUCAAGCAAGAGAAGACGUCUCGCACUUUCGACUGAUCAGGACGGGAAGGGCCAACAAGUAUAUGGUGCUUCUAAAGUUCAGAUCUGCGAAGAAGGCGAGAGAGUGGCAGCGACUCUACAAUGGCCGACUGUUCAGCGCCGCAGAACCAGAGAACUGCCAUGUAGUGUUCAUUAAAUCUGUCGAGUUCCUGUCACCGGAUACUGACGUCAAGAGCGAUGCCACGUCUUUCCCGCAAAAUACCAACGACCCGUUCACUUCUAAAGCGCGCCUCAACGGCAACGAAGUUUCCGCCCUGACAUCGAAGAGCCUAUCAAGCAAGCCUUUAGCACCGCCACCACCAAAUCUGCUGGAGCUGCCGACAUGCCCAGUGUGCCUUGAGCGCAUGGACGAAACGACAGGCUUGCUCACGAUACUGUGCCAACACGUCUUUCAUUGUGCGUGUCUGGAGAAAUGGCGAGGCUCAGGAUGUCCCGUGUGCCGAUACACGCAUUCGCCGUCAUAUACCUUCCCUUACCCAAGGCCUCACGAGUUGGAAGAUACCAUCAGUGAGCCGCUAUGUUCCGUCUGCACCACCACAAACAAUCUUUGGAUCUGCCUCAUCUGCGGAAACAUCGGCUGCGGACGAUACGAUUCCGCCCAUGCUUACGCACAUUACGAAGAGACCAGCCAUUGCUACGCCAUGGAUAUCAGCACGCAGCACGUGUGGGAUUAUGCGGGCGACGGCUACGUUCAUCGCCUGAUACAAUCGAAGCCGGAUGCCAAGCUCAUCGACCUGCCAACCAGGACACGGCACGAAAACGAAGCGUUCCGAGCGGAGGGCGGUGAUAGCGUGCCGAGAGAGAAGAUGGAAAGCAUGGCCAACGAAUACACCUACCUUUUGACCUCGCAGCUUGAGGGGCAGCGGCGGUACUUCGAGGAGCAGGUUGAGCGGGCCGCAGACAAAGCCGCUCAAGCAUGUACGCGUGCUGACGAGGCUGCGACAUCUGCUGUGAAGUCCACCGCUGAGCUGGUAAAAAUGGAGGAGGAGCGGAAGAACCUUGCAGACACCGUGGCCCGCAUCGAGGUUGCAUUAGCCAAGUCGGAGAAGGCGCGACAAAAGUUCGAGCAGAUGGCACGGGAGAUGUCUUCCCAACUUCGGGAGGAGAAGACGCUGAACGAGGGCCUCGUCAAGCGUAUCCACGCUGCCGAUGAGAAAGCCGAACGAGCGAAGAAGGAGGCAGCGGAGGCGGAAGAGAAGCGAAAGGAGCUAGCGGAUUUGAACCACGACCUAACGAUGUUCAUAUCUGGGCAGGAGAAGGUCAAGGAGCUCGAAGCGCAGGGCGAGGAGGUCGUUGACGGUGCUGCGAGUGUACCUGAGCAGUCGAAGAAGAAAGGGAAGGGGAAGAAGAGGUGAGAUACUGGGCAGCUAGCACGGCGUUCAUUGGAAGUUGCGAAGAUACCCGGGUUUGCUAUGUGAUAUUAUUAGCCUUACACAAUAUGCGUCCUAAAACCGCUCGCUCUAGUUGUCUCCGAGCACCC